CUAUACGAUUACGCAUCGGUAUAGUUGCCUUCGGAAUAUUGGUUUUAAGCUUUUAGUUCAAUCAUGUUUUGCGAGUAUUUUGUCUUGAUGAGGCGUUGGAUUGUGAACAUGAAAUUAUUUGAAUGACGUGAAGGUGUUUAAUUUAAGCAGUUUGUAUCGGACAAAAUACAGUAUGUUUUCUACAAACCUUGCUUAAUCCUAAAAGGCAAAGGUACACACCUUGUCUGAAGAAACGAAAUCAGAUGAUGAAUUCCACUCAAAAGGCCGUAUAAUCGUAGUCUAUGUUGACAAGAGGAAUGUAACAUAUCAAGGAAUGUAUGUUAUGUUUAUGCUUAUCCAUUAACAAAGUCACCAGUACAUGCUAGUGGUGCAGUAUGGCCGCUAACACACACCUGAUCGGCGACAAGGAGACCAAUAAUUGGUUUAAAGCGUACAUAGGACUCAAUGUUACGAAGGAAGGACUCACUAACUUUCUUUGCGCGGAAUUACAGAAAGUACACACCGUUGUUGGUAGAAGUUGUGGAAACUGCCCAAUUGAAAACCUCAUACAAUGUCCGACAAACCCAUAUUGUAACAACAGGAAACGGAAUUAUUGUCCUUUUCACAAAUCACAGAAACCGCAGCCAUGCCCAAUAUGUGAUAAUGUAAAAGAUAAUAUCAUAUUACACCACAGAUACGGUAAACCUUCCUGGAGGAACACUCGUGCGGAAAAGUGGGCACACAAUGAUUGGGAAAUAGGCAAAUGCUACCUCCCUCCGGACGGAUAUAGCAGCAUUUCCUCGAUGCAGGAAUCGGACUUUAAUGGUGUGAUAAACAUCAUGUUGAAUUGCCUUCAUUUCCAGACAUGUCUCUCCCCCUCAUGUUUAUCACCUCCACCGCCUGAUAAGCAAUGUCCACUAGAAAAGGUCCGUCAGAUUGGCCGAGAUGUGCGACACACAUCCGACUGCAAGGUUACAGAUGCUGUCUUGCAGGACUAUUUCAAGACACUGUCCACGCUCCUGGCGGACCCACAAUACUUACAACAUGAUCAUUCAGCCGUCAUAGCAUGUACAAGACUUAGUGAUUUGCAGAAUGAUCGUAUGUCCUUUGAAGAACUGGGCAAGCUGUUGAAAGAAGCCAAUCACACUCUCGAAGAUGCAAAAAAGGCCGGCGAAUGUUUUUCUGAGAAGGCAAAAAGGACAUUGGAAGAACUGGAGGCAGGUUUGCAUGAACUGUCCGCUCAGGCACUUAGAGGGAAACAAGACAUACAAUCGGCCACAAUGAUAGGAUGCAACACUCUAAUAUCCACCACAGAGGCAGGUGUGCAUGAAUUGAAGGCCGCAAAAGAGGACAUUGUGGCUCAAGUAAAAAAGGAAGUCAGAGAUUUCAAGACAAAUGGUGACGAAGUGAACUAUUCGAAACGCAAAGAAAUGCUAUUAGAUAUGAUGAUUGAACAUUACGACGACACACUUAGUACCAUCACAACCUCGCCAUUGCAUGACGGUGUUCGAGCUAAGGUAGAUGAUAUUUACAUGCCACCCAAAUUACAGCUGAUGGAAAAAGUCAAGGGGGCCUUCAAGAAAACUAAUACAACGAUUACGAAAUACAACAAAGUUUUUUUAAAGGAUGGUAAAUACAACCGAAAAAUGUUCAUUCAAGGCGAGGCAGGGUCUGGCAAAUCCACGUUUCUCGCCAUAUUAGUUAGAGACUGGUGUUGUAUAACUAGUAACGCAUCAGGUAAACAGUUUCAGACGGACGAAACUUACACUGCCGAUGCUAAUGAACGAUUGAGAUCCUCUGAUGUCUUUGAAGAUUUAACGACCCUGAAAGUGUACACGUUCGUUUUCCAUGUCACUCUAAGGGAUUCAGUCAACGAGUUAAACAUUUUAGAGAUGCUUAAAAAACAAAUAAUUGACUCACUUUACGGCGAUAAGGAUAGACGCGAAAAUGCAUACCGACUACUGAAUGAGGUCAUGGAACGUGAACGCUGCUUGGUAUUACUUGAUGGUCUAGAUGAAUGGACCGUCAGCGAAGGUCAUAGCUUACCGAUAUUGGCUGUAUCUCACAGUAAGUGUGAUGUGUUGAUUACAACUCGACCUUGGAAAAUGACAGAAGCGAUGAUACCUGACGCGAAGAUUGACAUACUGUUUCAACUGGGAGGAGUUAACAAGCCUUUUGAGGUGAGCAGAAGACUGCUUGGCUGUAUAGAUGAUUGUAAAGAUAGCAUGGUGUUGGACAAAAAACAAUCAGAAUUUGAAUCAUACAUAUUGAAGAACGACUUAGAAAAGUUUCUGAUUUCACCAAUGCUAUUGCAAUUGAUAGUGCAGUCAUGGGUUGAAGGGACUGAAAUGAACGGCCCCAUGUGUGAAAUAUACAGUCUCUUCCUGGAAAGUCUUCUUAAGAAGGCUAACAAGAAAAAAAUAAAAUUUAAAUCGCCACCCGUCCAAUGCUUCAAAGACACUGAACACAUACGGCCAAAUAUUGAAAACGUGGAUCGUCUUGCUAAAGCGGCAUUCCAUUUGCUGUUUUCAAAUACAAGAGACAGUUCACUAGUGUUUAGCGAUACAGAUUUGGAGGAAUUUGGAUUAGAUGAAGAAGAACGAAAGUUUGCAUUCGAAUCCGGUAUUUUAUCGGCAACUCGAAAGCCGUCUACAAAGCGAUCAUCUUCUUCAUUUUUCUUCAUCCACAAGAGCAUACAGGAAUUCCUCACUGCUUAUUAUAUCGCCUGCAAUACCCAUCUGAUUGAUGACAUCAUUUCCGGUUAUCUCAACCGUUUCAAGGAUGCAUAUAUGGAUAUUUCACAGGUGUUUAUAUUCCUUUGUGGACUGGAAAUAUCAUCUGCGAAUAAGCUAUCCAGCAUGAUGAAUGAACGCAAUGUUGAUUCGUUUAGCAUGAAGAAUAAACGCGUUUGGUAUCAGCCUAAUUGUGAGUUUUCAAGCAUCAUACUAUCAGGAUACAGAGAAAGUGUAGCGAAUAAACAUUAUGACAGUAACCUCAAACUCAGUCACUUUGAUUUCGACAUACCGGUCACCGAAAUAGGAGACGUCCACAACAUCUGGCUAAAAAACAUGUCAAAUAUUCUGUCAUUGCAUCUAACGAUAGAGUGUGAUGAUGAUGAUGAUGAUGAUGAUGAUGAUGAUGAUGAUGAUGAUGAUGAUGAUGAUGAUGAUGAUGAUGAUGAUGAUGAUGAUGCUGCUGAUGAUGAUGAUAUAGAGAGUCAGAGUUCCUAUGAACGAGGCGAGUCUGCAUCCCAUUAUGAGUUUGACUUGUCAUCGUGUAGCAAGCUGGAAACGUUAAAACUACGGGGGAAAAACAUGUGGCUAAAAGAUUCGGCUUGUACGUCCAAAUCGAAACAUCCGGUCUGGAUUGUUCUAAACAGUGCAGCCCCUCUACCCGCACUACCCUGCAUAGAACUGAUUUGGAUGAAUGACGUUACAAUUUCCUCUCAAGGUCUACACAGUCUGCUCAGCUUUCUGCUGACACUCGAUCAUAAGGUUACGUGUGCGCUCGCCAGGUGUAGCAUAAUAUCGAGUGUACACGGAUCUUAUACAGAUACAGACGUUGAAAUGAAGGUGUUAAACAAUACAUUAGAAAUGGACCUUCAUAAUGACAGUCCCGGUCUGUGGGAGUCGCUGCAUAGUCUCAAUAUCAAGAGUCUCAGUAUUUGUGAUGAUCUUGAAACUGAUUCGUGGGAACCUGGGGAGCUGUUGGAACAUGGGGAGCUGUUGUCCCAGUCCCAGUCACUAUCAUCGCUCACACAGCUGGAAACGCUUAGUAUUCAAGUACAUGAAGACAGUCCCGGUCUUUGGAAGUCGCUGCAUAGUCUCAAUAUCAAGAGUCUCAGUCUGGGAGGUCGUUAUUUCGGUGUGAGGGUGGAGCAUGGGGAGCUGUUGUCCCAGUCACUAUCAUCGCUCACACAGCUGGAAACGCUUAGUAUUCAAGUAUCGGAAGACAGUCCCGGUCUGUGGGAGGCGCUGCAUAGUCUCAAUAUCAAGAGUCUCAGUAUUCGUGGUGAUCUUGAUUAUCAAAUCCCACCGGAGGAGUACAUUCCCAUCGUACAGGAACUGGAGACGCUGGAGAAUGUUGCAGUGAAACGAUUCCAAAUAUUAGACCGAACAGGUGAAACCAAGUUUAUCGGUUGGAAUGUCUCGACCCACUAUGAGAUAGACUGA